CUCAAUCCCCUUCCCAUUCCCUUCAAAUACUAACCCAAAUCAACUAUUCGCCUCCAUCGCCGAUCUCUUGAAGCUUUCUCUAAUUUUUCUUAACACAAAAACCCUCGACUCUGGUUUCUCCUUCCCCUCUUUUCAACACACACGAUAACAGAUAUGGCGACCAAUCUCCUUUCUUUCAGGCCUGCAGGAAUCCAAGUCUGCGCAUCAUCGGCUCCCCGGAAACCCGAUUCCAGCAAACCGAGGAGUCCUUCCUCCAACUGGUGGACUCCGCUCUUCGGCUGGUCCUCCGAACCUGACUACAUUGACUCCAACUGUAAACCAAAUCAGUCGGAGGCUGAUCCUGAGAUGAAGCCUACUAAAGCUUCUCGGUUCACGCCGGGUUGCUUCACUGAGGAGAAGGCAAAGCAGCUCCGGAUGAUGACGAAGGAUACCUGCUUUCAUGACGUCAUGUAUCACUCAGCCAUCGCCUCUCGCCUCGCUUCGGAUUUCAAGUUUCAAUCGGAAUCGGAAAGUUGAUAUUAGACGACCCGAAUCAGUAAAAAUGUCUCUUUUUUUUUUUUUUUUUUUAAGUUUUAUAAUUUCAAAGGGUGUGUAAGUAGAUGUUUUAGGGAUUAACGGUGAUGAAUGCUGUUUAGUUGGUUACGAUGAAGAAGUCGAUAUGAUUAAGUGAUGUAAUUACGUUAAUUAUUUUUUAUUACUAUAAAUAAAUAAACCUCGAUAUUUAAAGA